AUGGCGUAUGCGGGGAAGGGAGAUAUUAAUUCUAUUCUAGGCAUGGAGCUUUUUGCAAUUUUAAAGGGGGUCACUUUUUGUAUUCAAAGGAACCUACUUCGGGUUUCCAUCAGAUCCGAUUCCAAAUUGGCAGUAGAUAUUCUUAAUGGGGCUGUGGACUGCCCUUGGAGCAUGCAAAUAUUGAGGGACCAUAUAGCUACGCUACUACAGCAAUUACAGCGUAAGGAGAUCAAACAUGUUUGGAGAGAGCUCAACCAGCCAGCAGACUUUAUUGCAGCCAUGGAUACGGGGGAUGGGGAAGCAAUUUUUUAUCCACUUGAUUUCCCACAGGACCUGGUGGAGUUGGUUAAAAAUGAUUCAGAUG